AUGAGGAAAGUGAUCAUCAUCUCAGGGAAACUCCAUUGCUGGCUUUUUCUGAAGAAAGUUCUAAUUUGGAACACGAGAACAUUCCGGAAUCUGAUCAGACAGAUGAGGAAGACAGUCUAUCAGAGUGGUGGGGAAAGAAUAGCUUAUGUUGCCGGUUCAGAGGAAGAUGACGAGGAGGAUGAUGACGAAGGUGAGAUUACACCAGAGGAGCCUCCCAAAAUUGAAGAACCCAAGGAGUCAUUUGGCUGUUCUACUUCCUCUGAGCUAAUCUUUGAGGAACCUGGGCACUCUAAUUUCAGUGAGGAUGCUGUCAAAGUACCUGAUGAGGAUUCUCAAACGUUGAAGUUUGAGGAUGAAUCUGAAGAAAGUGACAUCGAACCUUCAACACCUCCUGCUGAUGAGGCGAGUGAACACACUGAGGCUUUAGCAGAGAAUCUUACAGAAGAUGACAGCCCAGUCCCUAAACAGCUCUCACAGACAGACAUGCUCUCAGACUUUGAUAGUAAAAUUAACGAAUCAGAGCAGAAACAAGCUGUUGAAGAACUCCCCAUACAAAAAGAGGAGUCAGUAGAUUUCUCACAAGUAGAGAAUAGUUUUAAACAGGGUGGUACAGAGCUUUUCAGACUAUUUCAAGAACCAUACCAGAAGGUCCCAGAUCCAAGCAGAAACACAAUGGUGAAAGAGAGCCAUCAAGAACUCCCCAUAGAGGAGGAGGAUUCAAUACACCUAGAGGGGGAAGAGAUUGAGGAAGAGUUGCUAGAGGAUGAAAAUGCAGUAUUAUCUUCAUCCAAAACUGAGCACACUGAUGAAAAUGACACAGAAAAUCUAUCUGAAUUUGGGUCAGAGCAACCCAAUAAUUAUACACAAACCGAUGUUGUAUCCAGUGAUGUGUUGGAUGUGGUCCAACACGACGAGGCUAUUGACAUAGAACCUGAGGUGCAUGAGACUGAAAAUGAUGCUGAAAGCCACACACCCUCACUUAAAGAUAAAGUUCUGGAUCCCCUUCCAAACAAAGAGACGGAAUACAGUGACAAUGUGUUGAGGCUGACACUAUUGCGAGACCGCUGCAAGGAGGAGGAUAUGGAGCGCCUCCAAAAGAUUCUAGGUCCCGUGAACCUCUUUAGGUUGGAGUUCCUGUUUUUUGACCUGGAGCUGAAGGCUGCCCGGCUGUCCCAGACAAACGCCCGUGAGGACAUUGAAAAGGUGCUGGAAGCCAUUUUGGAAGCCUCUGAAACCCCAAUCCUGGAUGAGAUUGAGAGGAUGCUGGAUGCCCAUGAGAACGCUGACCAGCAGCAGGAGUCUGGUGAGUUUGUUGAGGAAGCUUCCAUCUUGGACGACUUCCAGGAAUUUGUGUUCACCCUGCGUCAGAAUUACUCGACGGCCAGAAACAGUGCUCCCAUGACAGUGGGCAGUCAACUACACCCUGACACAGAUGGGGAUAUGUCUGAAAACACCUUGGACAUGGGACUUAGCGUAGACAUGGAUCACCCUCCCUCAGGAUCUCUGGAGUCACCUCCUGUCACUGAUUUCCAUGAAGAUGAGCAGAGUGGUUCAUCAUUCGUAUCAGUGCUAAUUUUAUCUGGUCCUCUCGUCACCCUGUUUUAUGAGUAUCUUGGAAUAUAUGGUGUUAUGAUGGUCACCAGCCUGCCAGAGCACUGGAAGCCAGGUCCAGACUUCUACGGCGUGUCCUGUGAACCCGUGCUGAUCACUGCAGGUGCCGGGGUCAUCGGCUUCCUCUUCUGGAGGAGCAUUCUAUCUGUCAAAAGCAAGUCAUAUCUAAAGAUGGUGGACAGGAUGAAAAAGCUUGAACAAGAGAAGAAGGAGAUACUCCAAAAGGUCGCUGAACUGCAGCAACAGGGCGAAGAACUUAAAGAAAAGCAAAAGCUGUCUGAAAAAUCUGCCACUUUAUCUCUGGAAAAGAUCCAGGAAUUGGAGAAUAUUGUGCAAGAGAUGGAGAGACAAAAUGAGCGCCUGGACGAGGAAAAUAACUUACACGCCAUAUCCUUUGACAAAGAGCGGGCCAAUACUGCGAAACAUGAAGAUAUGAUGUCCGAAAUGGACAAAACCAUUGAGAAGUUGAAGCGCAGCAAGAAGAAGACCCAGGAUGCACUGUCGAAGUCUACCAUUCUGAUGGAUGAAGCCAAACUCUGCGAAGAUGCCCGGAAUGUCCAGGUCCAGGUUCUGGAGAAGGAUAUUGCCACCCUGAAGGAGGAGAACCUCUCGCUGCACCAUGCUGCCAAGUUGUGGGAGGAGAAGCACAGGGAGACAAGCGAGCAGAUCAAAGUCUACCAGAAGUCCCAGAAAGACCUGGAGGAUUCCCUCCUUCAGAAGGACCACAACGUUCUAUCUGACCUGCUAGGAGAUCUGGAGGCCUGCGAUGACCUGAAAGGUGGAGUUGUUGCUAACGGGGUAGCCUCUAACGACAAGCAGACCAUCAUCCAAAACCGCCACAAGCAAAUGAUGGAUGUCUCUCGGGUCCAGACCACUCUGUCUGUUGUGGAGGAAGAGCGCGAUCGCUUCAUGACCAAGCUGCUGAACGAAGAGAAGUCCAGGAAAGAGCUGGAAGAGCAAUUUCAGAAGCUGGAGCAUGACAUCUUGUUGGUGAAAAGUGACAAGAACCACCUGGAGAACCAGUACAAGACCCUGCAGCAGAAGAAUGACAUCAUGACAGAGAUGUACCAGCAGAAGGAGAACGCUUUGCAGCAGAAGCUGACCAAGGAGGAGUUUGAGCGCCCCAACAAGGAAGACCGGCUGACGGAGAUGGACGGCAAGGCCCUAGAGGAGGAGGUCAAGGUGUGUAUGCAGCGCGUUAAGGAGAUCCAGGACGAGCUGAAAUGGACCGAGAAGUUCUACAAAGCUCAGGUCAUUGAGCAGGAGCAGAAAUCUCACGAGAACUGGGUGAUUGCACGCGCCGCAGAGCAAGCUCUGUUCGACGAGAAGAAGGAAACAACUAACAUUCGUAACUUACUGACUGACAUGUCCAGCAAGCUGAAGGAGCUCUGUAGGCCUCUGUUCAAGCCCACCCCUGGGAUGGCUCCCAUGCCUCUCCGACGAGGACCACGACCUCACUCUGACCCUCACGGCCGCCGUUACUCUCCGUACCACAAACACCCAGUGGCUGCUAGACCUGACACCAUGGCCCCACGUACAUCCUCACCAAGCAAUCUGUGCAGCUCGAACUCUCGACCUCAGGGUCCUGGCUCCCUGCUGGUC